AUGAUUCCUCCACCUGAGGAUGGGGCUUUGCAUCGACUUUGCGUUUCCAAGAAAAGAUUGGGAUUUGGCCUGGAUGGACACGGAACUGGUGGGCGAUCACCAGCUGCAAAAUGGAAGCAUGGGAUUGCAGUGUUCUCCGAUUACCAGCUACGUCCAAUGGUGCAGUGGAACAUUGCAAUACCCAGUAACUGGUACGUCAAUUCCACUCCUGGAGGUUGUUAUUGGCAUGUUUCCAAGCAGGUUAUUGCAAUAUCCAUAUUACCAAGGCUUGAUGACUUCCAAAGCAGGCUUGAAAUUUAAAAUAAAAUGAUGGAGACAGUGUGUGUCAGAAAUAGUGUAUGGUUUUUGAAUGCAACACCCAUUUUCCUGAUGAAUGACAAAAGAUUGUGGACCUGUUGGGAUGGUGUACACAUUAGUGAAGAUCGAGGGUUGGAGAUUCUGAAGUCGUUUAUUGGAAAGGAAGUGAGAGAUGCACUUCAGCCAAAAAAUGAAGAUUCUGUUGAAUCAACACCAAAAAAGAAAGCGGCCCAGCAGUGUCCAAAAUUUAUUUGGCGCAAGCUUAAGAACCAACGUCCUCUAGGUAUGUUUUGGUAUAUUUCUAAUAAUGGUUACUUCGUAUUUGAUAUAGUAUAGAAACUCGUCUUAUAUUAGUAAUAUGCAACACAACAUAUAUACAAGCAUUUUCCUUGGUAUAAUGAUUUCCAAUAUGCAUUUUGAAAAAAACCGUCUUGUGAAUAAGCAUGUCUUUGAUACUAUUUACUCAUAAAACAUUUAUGAAUAUAGGCCACAAUGUCAAAUGCAAGAAGGUGACUGUUGAAAGUCAAAAGCAGGAAGUUGAAUGUAUCAAGUAUGUUUCCUCUUGCUUUUUUGCUAAUCUUGCUGAUCCAAAAAGUUUUGGAAUACCAACAUCAAAUUUCAAAGGCAACUUCUUAAUACCAAUUUCUUAACAUAUUUUGCUAAAAAAUUACGUCCACACGGCACCAAAUUGUUCUAGAUGUAACAUAUCUUGUAACUAUGGCAGGCCUUUUUGUCCAAUUUCAAUGCACAUGUUUUGUUUAUACAUGUAUAUCUGUAUAUUGCUAUGGAAGUAAAAGUGUUAAGAUAGCUCCUUUUUCAGAAAGAGAGAAAAUGCAAUUAAACCGACUUCAAGUCACGAGAAGCAAUGUUUAAAAGGGCUAAUUCUGGCAAUUGCUAGACUGUCCUUGAUUCUUGGGCAAUGGGUGAUCAAGCCUCCACACUUUAGCGGUGUUUACAGGCAAGCGAUAAGUAAGGUAAGUGCGAGUGAACAAUUUUAACUACUCAUUUUAAGACCGUCUGAGCAUUGCAAUAUGGUAAUUCUUAUAUAAAACCUUGAACUCUUGUAAAUAACAUAUGUCAUUCAGCUGUUUCUUCUUAGGGUCAACAUGACGACUUGAUUAAAAUACUGAAUAAACAAGUAAUUGCAACAAAUGAAAUAAUGUUUUGUCUAAAUAUGGACAUGUCCUUGCUUGGACCUUCUAAAAUGUCACUGAGUACUCAUCACAAGAUCACUGAGUAUAUUUCUUUCUAGGGCUGCAAAAAUUGAAAACUGAAAGCGAAAAGGAAAGUGAAGGCAACUAGCAAUGGUGCGGAUAUCUUCUGAUAUGCAAAUUGAAACGUUCUCUUUUCACUUUACAUAAAUAUCAUUAACAUAUAUAAUAUAAUGCAGAGGGAGGCAGUGAAGGCAAAAAGAAGGCAGUUACCAUUCCGCGUUUUUAAUUACAUUUCCUCUUCUUUAGGAGCUGUCUAGUUUCCAUACUGCUCAACCAUAUGACGUAAUCAGUUUACCCUAAACCUAACCCUUACCCUAACCCUUUACUUGAAAUAAUUGAUCAUACUAAUUUAUGACUAUUAAUCAUGCUUAUUUAUGACUAUCAGGUUGAGCAGUAUGGAAACUAGACAAUUCCUUUUUUAUGGUUCUGCUUCACUGAUCAUACCUUAUAUGAAAUAUGUUUAAGGGGUUCAUUAUUGGUGUUGCAACUUUGAUGUAUAAUUAUGAGAAUAAGUCUUGAAAUUGGAUAAAUGAUUUUAGAGGGACUGAAGCUCUUCUAGCCCCUAUCUCUCCUACGUUUAUGACAAUAACUUCUUUUUGAUAUGACAGAUCUCAGAAAUUUAAACCAGGAAAAAGUCAGCAUGCAACCUCCAAUCAGGCGCCAGAAAAAAGGUAACGUACCAGAAAUUCUCUUUUAAUCCCCUCUCUCUCAAGCCCCCCUUCUUUAAAAUUUUUACUAAUGCUGGAAUAAGUAGACUUUACAAAAACCAGAGAUUUUCAUUUAAUUCAUUGGUCGCUCAAUACCUACCAUUAAAUCAAAAGUUGCACCAUGUCUCUUCACCUCACGACAGAUUCGAAGACAAAGAUUUAAUGUGAAAGCCUUUUGCAAAAAUUACAGGCCGCUGGUACACCGAGGGAUGAAGACGACCAUUUCGAAUGCUUGAUUUCAAAAAAGACAAUUUAGAAUUUAUAAUUAAUGACGGCAACAAUGACAAUGUUAUUGUUGUAGAAGGCUGAUUCGAUUUUUUUAUUUCUCAAAUAACAGAAAAUUAUUUUAACAUAAAUAAUUUAAGUGCUUGAAAGUGCUGAAAACAAUAAGCUCCAAUGUAGUAGAGGAUACAGUAAUUUUAGGUAUGUUAUUUUGCUAGGUUAAAAGAUAAAUGGUUGUCAAUCGGAAAAGAGAUGGGCCCUGGAUUCUGAACGACAAGCCAGUCGCAGAGAUUACAAUCUUCCCAUUUUCUUAUGCUGAGGCAGUCAAGGCAAAGAAGAAGCAGCCAUCAUGUCUGAUAUUCGUCACCGUGCCAACAGUUGGAAUCAACUCAAGUGAAAAAGCGUCAACCAAGAUAGAGAAAACAGAGACAGGUGGAGAUUUGAGUAGCCCUUCAAGUAAAGGUUGCCGUAAUUAACAAAGAGCCAGAAGACCCCUUACUUUUCCCUGGUGCAGACCCCUGCCUGCUUAUCAGAUAUCUCAGGCACUUAGAAGAAGGCCAAUAGUUGGUUUUAGCAACAAGAGAGCUGUAGUUAGGGACAUAGCAGGUUAUGGUAAAGUAGAUUCAAAUAAACAAAGCAACAUAUACCCAGAUUUGCGAUCCUCAGCUCAAGUGCAUAAUGCGGCUGCCAGCCAAAAUGCUAUUAAGUACUAUAGCCGCAUGGAUUGUAGUGGUGAUGUAAAUUUUCCCAUCCAUGCUCCUUACCCAUCUUCCUUUGACCAAUGGAACAUUUAUUUUUGAUAAUUUUCAAUACGCAUCUAAGGUUGUAGGUAGGGCAGUAGAUUUUUGCACCUGUUUUUCAAGGGAUCAUACAUUUGGGCUGCCUAAAUUGUUUGGAUCUUGCAUUGGGUUUGGGUCUUGCACGCAACCAAAGGCUAGGUUUCGCACCCCACAGGCCAUCAUUAUUGAGAAACUUGAAGACAUAAUGCUCUCAUUAUCAGUAGAUCCUGGUAGAAAAUAGCUGUUAUCUAUUACGGUCGACUUCAAGGGAAACAACAUAAAGGCACAAAUCUUUUGAAAUAUACCUACUACUGCAAUGAGCAGAAAAAAAACAGGUACCUACUAUCAUCGCCUGGUCAGAACCAAACAGACGAUACUUCUCGUAAAAAUCUAGCACUUGAAAAAGUGGAUGAUAGUAUUGAGGUAAAUAGCAAUUAAAUAAAUUCCAUAAAUAGUGAAAUUGUGACUGAAGGUGAUUUUGCAAUUUAUGAGCCUGACGUUUCUAAUGUGGAGCUUAGCAAGGGUUUGGCUACCCAAUUCCCGACUGCUGACAAUGGAACAAAAAUGAUUUGGUUACCUUAGCAGACUCUGUGAACGAUGACCAAGAAUUAGCAAACUAUGAGGGUGAUUAGAUUCGAGAAAUUAUACAACCUGAAUAGUCGGGUGCAAACCAAUAUCGUCAGAAAGAAAUCAGUGACAUGAAAUCUGAAGCAGGAUCAACCACCAAUAAUGAAGCAAAUAGAACAUCGGAAAUUACUUUCACUGUAGACUUUGAAGCAAGGUAUGUUGGUAUAAUGUUUUCCGAAGUAGCUAAGUGCAUGCAUAGAUUUCGUUCUCUUGGUGAAACAAUGGUCUAGAUACCUGCGAUGUUGCAGAGAAACAAAUUGUAAUAGUGCUAGUUUGGAUUUCGUUUGUUUUGCAUCCUGUAACCUUAGUAAUUUUGUCACCAUUCGCACAUUCAAUUGUUUAUAAUUCCUUUUGUUUUCUAAUUGCAAUUUUAGAUUCAUUAACUAUUUCUUUUGGGAUUUUUAGUAUCAUUAUUCAGUUUAUGUAAUUAAUCUUGGGAGUAAUAUAUUUUGUAUUCACUAUUAUUAUGUAAAUUUACGUAGCUAUGUAGCAUUACAAUAAGUUUUUGUUUAGUUAUAUUUUGGGCAUGUUACAUUUAGAGUAAGUUUUUCAGUUAGGAAUUGGAGUUGGAGUUGGAGUUGAAGUUGGAAAUGGGAUUCGGUUAAGAGCGGUAGGGUUAAGUCUUGAUAUUUUGUAUAUUUAGGUUCUUGACGUUUUACUUAUGUGGCAAGAUGCUUGUAAAAGAUCUUGUCGGCAUAAAUUAUGGAUUUAUAGGAUACGUAUAGCUAUUUAAGACAUCGCGUGUGACAACAUAUUUGAUAGGAAAGUGCUUGAGAAAGACUGUGCCUGACAUUAAGAGAACGAAUCUUCGUUACGGGACAACCGUAGAGAAACAUUAUAUUUACAAAACCUUUUAUUGCGGAAAGAUCGUUUGAUCUGAAGAAAGACGUUUCAACAUUAUCAUUGUUUCUAUUUGUUUCUUUUCUCAAAGAUGGAAGGAUCAUUUAGUCUCGACGAUAACAAUAGGGUGGAUACAUUCGUUUUGACAAAAAUAACCCUAUUACAAAAUCUUCAUCCCGAAUUCCUCCAUUUUCUUCAGAACAUUUAGAAAGUAAUGGGAGUGCAAAUAUGAAUCUAAGGACCGAUACAUUAGAGGAAGGUUUCAUACUUGUGAAUGAAGAUAAGAUCAUCCUCAGUGAUGUAAAGAAAAAAAUUUCAUCUGAUGAGGCCAUUUACAGCUCUGAUUUGAUGAAAGGCUUAGAGAGAACAAAGGUAAGGAGGGGUAUAACGGCUUCUGCCAUUUUAUCAAAAGUUUCUGUGCCAGUACCUUGUUAGUGCAGCUAAUGUAACCGGGCAAAAUUUAAAUAGUUUCGGUAUGCCAACUAGACAUAGAUAUAGUGCCCAUAUCUUUGCUCGGAUACUUAGUAGACAUAGCCCAUAUUGUUCCUGGCAUGUUUAUGAAAACUAUUUCAGGAAACCCGGGUCCCAUAAGAAAGGAUGUUUAUUUUCAUGCAAGAGCAAAAUGUACCAUGGAGGAAUGCCCACAUAACGCUAACUUAACUAUAUCUAGUCCUCAGCGUGUCAGAAUGCAAAUAUCUUUUGACAGCGAUGUCAUUCAUAAGCGUAGAAACAUAACUGUAAAAACAUUUGUGGGAAAGUUGGGGUCAAUCUAGCUAAAUCUAGAUAAGGUCUUUUUGUCGAAAAUUUUUCCUCCAUCUAAAAAAUACAGGGACGAUUGGAGCGCCUUAGACGACAUCUCUUUUUUAGCGGGAAAUAUGUCAGGAGUUGGUACUAGUAGCAGGUCAUACCAAAAGAUUGUUUCAUUGACCAGGCAGGUUGCCAACAGUUGCGAGACUUUGCAGGCAAAAAUUUUAUUUCUGCAACAAUUGCUUAGAAUGAGGGAUGAGGCAGAAUCAAUCAAACUCAAAUGGACAUUUAGAACUGAGUUUGGUUACAUUCAAAAACCAAUAAUAAAUCCCAGACAUUUGCAAAUUACGCUAAUUGAUCAUGAUGUGUUUUAACAAGCUCAGUGACAAAUCAAGAUAAAUCUUUGUCAAAAUUUUUUUACUAUAUUGCUGUAAUUCGGCAUCCUUACGCAAAAAAACUUGCUGAAUUGCUGAAUUUAUAACCAAUAAGUACGAUCAGUUUGCUAAUGAAGAGUUUCUUAGAAUGAUUCAUGAAAAAGAAUCCCUAGAAUGGUUAUGACUGACUUUAGCUGGGCUAUAAUACAUGCUUGCCUAAAGGUAUUCUGUAACGAGACUUGACGAAUUAUUUAAAUAGGUCUUACCGUAUAGUUAUUGGUGAAGCAGCUGAAGAGAAAUUAUUGAAAACUCGUCUUCGUGUCUGUGCCACGCAUAUGAUGAAAUUUAAAAAAAGCAUGCCUCGAAAAAGUUUUGUAAGAAGUUUAACUGUGAAAGCCAGGUACAUUUUGCUAUGCGCCUGUUUGGUCGUUUAUUGAAUUGCCAUUCUUUGACUGACAGUAUUUCUUUAGCAAAAAGCGCAAAAAUAGUAAUAACAUUGGUUGCCACUCCAGCCACAAAAAAGGCUUUGCGACAUAUUGAAGUAAGUGUGAACACUUUUGAAGAAAUUUUAGAGGAAGAUACAUUAGCUGAAGAUGGUGACGAAGAGAGCUGUCAAGCAAAUAAUGAAGACCGCGAUAACCAUAGAGAACGGGGUAUAGAUGAAGCCGAUAAAACGAGAUCUAGGUUCCACAAAAUUUGGAGUCAAGAACUUGAUAGUGACGAGAACUCAUAGGGGAGAGAAUUGGAGCAGGAAAAUACUGGCAAAAAACACGUACAAAAAAGGCAACAAAUGAGCCUAUAGAAAGAGACGUUGAAGACAAUAUUAACGUUGACAACUUCGCGGGCAGAAACAUGUGUUACAUGCCAGAUUACUACAAGUGGAUGUGAGCUAAGCUGCCAUACAUUGCCUUUAAGAGGAACAUUUUCCUGCGUGACCAGAGUCGAUAUAGUAAAUAAUACAUGGAUCCUGAAACAAGCAAUGGUCCAAAAAACCUUCCUCGACAUUGACACAACUAAUGCAUAUGCUAAGCAUUUCUUCAACAUGAAAAAGAUUGAUAAGGGAGAUUUGAAAAUGCCUAUGGACAAGUUAAUCAAAAAAUGUUGGGAAGAUCAGAGAGGCUUGAGAAGACAGUUUCUGAAUGAAUUGCUUUUAAAAAUGAAUACUGAAGCUAAGCAGCAUACAAAGAAAAGUGUAAAAGACCAGAAUACGGAAAAAAGGGAGAAAGAAGAAGCUGAAAAAACACUCAAUAAAUUUUUGAAAGAAGAAGCUUCACUAUCUAGUAGUGAAGAAGAUGAUAACAUAGAAAUUCAUACUCUUGAAGAGAGUUGGUCUAAAGAGGCAAAUCCAAACGGUAAAAAUAAACGCCAAUUCAGGUAGCUAUCAACAACCCCCUAAACAUUCUGUUCAUUUUGCGGCAAUACAGGCGGAGAAGGAUGUGAUGGGAAGAAAAAGCAAGGGAUAAGAGUCUUGAAGUCUUAUCACAGUGAUUAACUUUUUCUCACUAUUUCUUUCCCAAGUUCAACAAGAGAAAUCUUCCAGUUUUCUGGCUGCCUCCAUAUUUCUCCACCCAACUCUGGCACGAUCUGUUGGGAUUAUUGGCUCCAACAGUAUACUAACCUUUCAAAUUUGAUUGAAAUCGAAAUUGUUUAAGGCCAUCUAAAAGUAAUUUAACAUUAACUUAACGACAACUGGAUCUAAAGUUGGCUGUUGCAUCACUGUAAUCAUAGGCAUAAAAUGCUGGAAAAUUUUUCGGUAUAGUUUUAGCAGAAAUAUAAAGUAAAUCUCUUCUAUUUGAUUCCCUAAGACUCUUGACAAACUGUGAGUUUUGGGCUUUUUCUUUCCUGUCAUUGGCGAUUUCGAAUAAAACUGUUCCAGUGGUUUUGUAACAAUUGUCAAUCAAUCAAAUUGGCGAGUCGCAUGAUAACCAACAAGUGUCCCCAGGCUUAGGCAGGUUAUGGCAAAGGUGAUUUAGGACUGCUUCAGAAAAAUAUUACAAGAUUAUCAGUUGUUCCAAAAAAUUUCCCUAUGCGAGGAAUUUUGUUUGCUGACCUAGGUGUACAUAAAAACAUGGGCGACACAAUGGUUGUAGUAAGCCCCUGGAAAAAGCUCAAGCAUCUGAGCUUUAACUCCAUUAAGGUGUCCACUCAUUGUAGGUUCUCGAUUGUAUGGCUGUUCAAUUAGCUUGUUUCACUGCUUUCAGGCGUUACUUCAAAUUUUGAAAGUGAACUUAGCAGAAUUUUUGUUAGACCCUCUUCCGACCAACUUCUGAGGAAUCAAUUAGACCUAGCAAAUGCUCUUCCACCUUUCCUCCAUGUAAAAGACACUGCUGACAGCUCUACGUUGUUGCAAUCACUGCUAUCGCCCAUCAUCACUGCUAUAUACUUCGAAUGGCUAAUUCUAUGUCGAAUUUCACAGUAAACAUCUUCAGCUAUACAGUCUAUUAGCUCGUUUUGAAGAUCAUGAGAUGUGUAGGUAACACGUUCUUUAUCCAAGAAGGAUCGCAGUUCCUGGCUUUAAAAUGAUAAAAGAUCCAUGAGCUCUAUGAAAUUACCUCUGUUUGAUAAGGUAGCAAACUCAUAAUGACCUCGGAAACGAGAUUCUUAGCAAUUGUAACAAUCUUUCUGAUAGAUUCAGACACAGAAUUCAUCAAUUUUGACAAAAUAUCUGCAACGCAGAGUUCAAGUCUCGGAAUUGUCGAAUCUUUGAGGGGUGCCACUCUAGUCUUAGCUGCAAUCAGCAACGAAUUAAUGCCAUUAUUUGUCUUAAAAAGGGCAUGAACACAGGCUCCUCAAGCUUUGUUUGAAGCGUCACAAAAACCAUGAAGGUCACAAUUCUCAACAUCUUCUGCUUUUACAAAACAAUUUAGAUCAAUUACAAUAGAUUUAGAUUCUUCAAUAUUGUUGAGCCAUUUUUUCCAAAUAGUUUCAUGUUCUUUACUCAAAGGCUCAUCCCAAUGAAGUUUCAAAUGGCUUAGUUCUUGCAACAAUAAUUUGGCUGUAAAAUCACUGGUGAAGCAAGUGCACGGGGAUCACAUAAAGAUGCAGUUACCUUUAAAACAUUUCUUUUAGUUGGCAACAAUGACUUUCCAACAUCUGCAGUUGAAUGAAAUUUUCUUUCAAUUUCAUCUGUUUUCUUUAUUCCAAAUAACUCCCAACACUUUAUGCUCUUUCUCCUUAAUAACUUCACCAUAAUUACUUAGGCACAACUUUGCAUACGAUUCAACGUCAACAUCAACAACAACUUGAAUUUAAAGGAAUGUUCACCUAACCCCAAAAUCCCACCCAAAAUAGGAUUCAAAACCCAAUAAAUCUAAUAUAAAUAUUCUCUCCUGUUGCUACAAGGCCUUUUAUACUAAAGAGUACCUUCCAAGCAUACCUAGUUAUAAAAAACAGUAUGCUUAAAGUACGGCAAAUUUGCUUAUUUUUGUGGGUUUUGCCUCCUACCCCACACCCCCACAUGAAAAAUGAAUUUCUGCUUCUAAAUAUACAUAAAAUGAUGUUGGCUUUUUCUAUGCAAUACUAGAAGUACCUUCUGUUUCAAUAUUUCUGCAGCCCUUCUCCUAUAAACUCUAUCCGAUAGGCCCCUUUAAAAUGAAAACUGAAAUUAAUUGAAUAGCAUGAUUCAAUUGGCGGGGAAGGCGGGCAUUGGAAACAAGGCUGAUCUCUGAGAAUGUCAUAGAUACAAGACGCCAAUAAUUCGCCAAAAGAGACAGUUUUAGUUUAUAUUAAUAUAAAAGGCGCUCCGUUCAAAAAAUUUCACGGACACCCAAAAAAGUAAUCUGCCAAAACUGCUCCCAAAAAAUAAACCCCAUUUGGGUGUAGUUUUGGCCAGAAAAAUUAAAUGGCCGGCCUAACGUGGGAUGAAAAAUUAUGACCGUGAAAGUUUUUUGUGUAACCAUGUCAGCAUUUUCCAAAAACCUGAUCUAGACUUGAACAAUCAACUGGUCAAAAUUUCUUGAAAUACGCCCCCUGGGAAAAAAGAUAUUGUUCUCAUUAUAAAAUAAAAGCUUGCAACAUGGUAUUACAGCAAAGCAUCAUAUCAACCGAAAAUUUCAUAAGAGAAAACAACAUACAACAACAAAACAACUCCUAGCCGACUCAAAUAAUGUUAGUUAUACGGACAGGGAAGGGACAUAAGUCCCUUUUAAACUUAUCUCAUGCCCUUUUUUAGUUUAGUUACAUUGAAAGUAAAGCCAAAGUUAAACAUUCUAUCGACAAUAUAUUGUUAUUUCAGUAAUUAGAGUCCAUUAAUAAUCAACCGAAACUGUCAUCCUUCUAUCCCUCUGUGAUCUUCUGUGGCCUGCUGGGAUGGCUGGUCUUUCAUUACCUUUGCCAUCUUAUAUAUCAUUUUGCAAAAUUGCUUUGCUGGUGCCUUUUCUGGUUUUUUUUCCUGGAUGUGCAUCAUUAAUAUUUUCAAGAAAUUCAGAAAGCUUUUUUAUGUCAUUUUCAUCAUCUGCUACGAAGAGAUAAAUUUUCAAAAUUUUGUUAGAAAAGAGGAACUUGCAGUGCUGGUUGGACUGUGAAAACAAAACAUUACUGUCAGUUUUCUCAUACAUGCGUGCUAAAAGGUGGAGCUUCAGAAACUUUGCCAUUCCAGCUAAACUAAACGGUUUCUGUUACUCAGUGGUUGAUUUGGCGCGACUGUGCAACUUCAGAUGUCACUCUUUUUAGUCUAUCUAUAGACAAGUCAUUAGGAUUUUAUUAAGCAUGUUAAAAAUUGUCAACUUGUGCACCUCUCCUACUGCUGGAAAUGGGCAUUGUGAGUUUCCUCGGUUCUACACUGGACUAACUCACUGGGCUGUAAUGGUUUUUUUCCAGAUUCUAAUAUUCCCUUUCUGUGUAUUCAGCGAACACUCUUAGCUUAUUCCCAAGGUCUCUGUAUGAUUUUUUCCAUCAAUUCUUUAUCUUGUAGACCAGGCUCAAAAAUCAAAUUCUCAUCAGCGUCUUCACACAUGAAAUUUAGAAUCUCCUUUUCUGUUAAAGAGUCAUCGCUGUGAGGUUAAAAAAACCAGGUAUUCUCUUUGCUUGCACCUGGUUUAAUACUGAGGGACUUCAAAUCUGCCUGACAUAGCUUGAGACCUUCUCUCCAUGCUCUACACAUUUCAUCAUCUCCUGGAUAUGCUUUCGGGUUGUCAGGUUCUUCAUCUUCGAUAAAAAAUUGCUGCAAAUAGUCCAUAGAGCUUAAAUUCCUGAAAAUUUCUGUUAAAUUGAGAUUUCAAAAAGAGUUUAUGAGAAUAUGGUCAAAUUUUUACAGCUUUUCAAAAUACUCUUUAUUAGCAUCUAUGCAAAGUUUCCUUUUAUUUAACCAAAUAGAAAAACAAUUUUUCCAUUUGUCACCAGGAAUGUCCAAAAUUGCCUCUUUAAAUGCUUCUAACGGUGUCAUCCGGACUAUCAAUGUUCGUUCCACGCAGUUUUUCUUUGAUGGUAGGGAAAAGGAAAAAGUCACAAGGUGCCAAGUCAACUGUCAGUGCUGCAGUGUGAGCCGAUUCGUUGUCAUGGUGCCAUAGGAUCUUGCGCAAACCAGUUUUCGAACGUUUUUCUAGACAUGCAUCUAGCACUUUCGGCAUGCACUGGUUUACAUACCAAUCCAUGUUUACUGUGCGGUGAUCAUCAAGAAGAAUUGUUGCCACAUGGCCCGUUUUUCCAAAAAAAGAAGCGACCAUCUAUUUGCCGACGCUUCUGGAGCGCUUGAAUUUUUGUGGUGGCUGCUCCGCGGAAAGAUCCAGACUGACGCCUGGCGUUUCGUUUCUGGGUCAAAUUGGUAAAUCCAACUUUCAUCACCUGUGACGAUGUCAUACACAUGUUUGGAGCAAUCAUAAUAUGUCAUUGCGCGAAAAUCAUGUCUUUCAAGCUCCAUUUCGAAAAUGAAAUUUACAGGGAGAGUCCCCUCUUUUAAAAGUUUGUUUAAAGAUAUCUUUUGGUGCAAAAAGACAAGAGUUUGCAAACAACGUUUAUAAAUGUGUAGGUUUAAAAAAACCUGUAACAUUGGAUUUAUAACUUUAUAAUGUUGGAUUUGCGUUGAAUUUUGAAAAUCUCAAUAAUUUCGGAGUGACCCUCGUAAUCUUGACCACUUUCAUGCGAUCUUUGCGACCUAUAUCUUCCUGUUGACGAAAAAAGGGUGUAGAUAGUUCGAUUGUAAAUAUUGUCUAGUAGUACUUAAAUUUUUAAAUAUGCCUCUAGAUUUUUCAGAUAUGAUUCUAGGAAAUUUUUCUCACCUGGUGGCAAAAGAAUACCUAAAUUUCAACAAUAUCUGAAUUUGUGUCAGGAUAGUGUCCCUCAGUCAUCAACAUCUGGUGCAAGUCAAUAGAAAAUUGGUAAAACACCUGGCAUCAAUAUUCAGCCAGGGAUGGAUGGCUUCUGUCUUAUACAUACAAGUUUUUAUUGAAGAAUUGCUUGACUUUGUUGUCUGCUUAAAAUGUAAGGCUGGCAAGCUAGUAAUAAAAGAAGACACUUCAAAAAAGAUGUGACUAGCAUCCUUCUUCACUUUCGAGUGUAGAACAUGUGCCACUGGCUGCGAAAUGCUUACCUUUCGACGUUGUAAAGGUUCAAGCGCCUAUGAGAUCAACUACAGAAUGGUACUUGGGCUCUGGUGCAGGGGAAUCUUCCUUAAGGAGGCUCUACUGAGUUUUGAACAUGCCAAAAGAAAUGUCUGAUGAUGCUUUCAUUGAUAGUGUAACCAAAAUAAAAAGUGCACUAGAACUGGAAGCAUCAUUUAGCAUGAAAAAAGCAGCCAAGGAAAAGUAUCAUGCAAUUGGAAUCCCAGAGGAUCAAGUUGCAGAAUGCAAGGCCAUCUUUGAUGGAACAUGGCCCAAACGAGGAUACUCCUCCCUGCAAGCAGCAGUAACAACAAUUUCUGCUGUUACUGGAAAGUGCCUGGAUUAUGAGGCCCUAAACAAGGUUUGUUUUGGCUGUUCAAGAUGGCAAAAGAAAUCAGGUGGUCCUGAAAAAGAUAAUUGGAAGGCCAAUCAUAAAGGCAAAAUUAAUUUUGUUUGCUCUGCUCCUGCAUUGGAACCUGAGGGGGUGAGCCGUAUAUUUGUCUGCUCAGUAGAAACAAGGAAGCUCCAGUAUACUGGCUAUAUAGGGGAUGGAGAUUCGGAGUCAUUUUCCUCUAUAAAAGCCAGUAAGCCUUAUGUAAAAAUUGAAUGUGUAGGGCAUGUUCAAAAGCGAAAAGGAACUGCCCCUUCAGAAAGCUGAAAUUGCAGAAAUUCAAAGCAAAAUUAGCAGACAGCAAAUCAACUGGAGGAGUUGGCAGACUUACAGCUGUAAGAAUAGAUAAGCUGCAGACACACUAUUGGCUUGCCACAUGCCGCCAUAAAAACAAUAAUGAAGCCAUGAAGAAAGAGAUACUGGCAGUCUUAUGCAUCAACAGAUGAGAACCCACAGCAUCAAAACUGUUACAUGGGUCAGGGUACUUGGUGCAAAUACAACAAGGCCAUGUUACAGAAGAAACAAUUCAACCACAAUUCCGAAUUCAACAAUUCAACAACAAUUCCGAAUAAAAAUCUCUUUUUUAUGACAAACAGAGCUACUAGCUGUUCAAGAUAAUGCUUUACAAAUACUGCUUUCAUAGUGAUUUAACUGGUGGCUAAUAAUUUCAUAUGUUCAAAAAUUUAUAUUUACAUGUCUUUCUUUAGCCAACAAACAUGAUGGCAGCAGUUAUAUUGUACUGGUGUGGGGUUCUCAGAGUAACCACCCUGUUGCCUAACUGCAACAAAAAAUUCUGGUCAAAUUCUUGCGAUCAUAGAAUAAAUUUGACUUGAAAGAAACUUUCUCUAUAAAAAGAAAACAAACCUUUGCUUCUGGUAAUAAUCUUUGCACUCUUUGCUUCAGCACAAAGACUUGUCAGAAAAACCCACCUCUGAGGCAAACUUUGGAACAGGGUUGGUCAAAGUCUUGUUUGAUGGCAAAUCUAGCAACUUGGCAAGGAACCUGUAGGCAUGACUGUUGAGGAUGACCAAUCAGUGGCGCUGGCCUAUUGAGAAUGUCACCAACGGAGUCAAUCAGGUGCUCACGUUUUUGAUUGGCUUAUUUCGAUUCAAAACUGGGUAUAUUUAUUUCCUAACAUAGAGUUGUCGAUCUAUGUUCUGACGUUUUCAACUCGGAAUACUCUGUAAUGUUAUAUAUUGACUGUAGAUUCUGAACUGUAGGAUGAAUUGCCAAAGACAUCAUCAAAUACAUCUCUGAUUUGCAUUGUGCCUUGAAAUCUAUAUCAAGAUAAAAUAGUUAAAAAAAGCUUUCUUUCUGCAGACAACUUUCUUUUACAUCCAAUUGGUGGGGGUGGAUUCGGCAAAUCAAAGAUAGUGGGAAUUGUUUCUUUUAGAAGGUGGGUACGAAUAUUCUUAAAUUUUUGCAAGAAUUCUGGUUUGAAAUGCUUUUAAGCAAAUAAAAAAAUUUCUGCUCAGAUAAGAUGGCUUUUUACCCAUCAAAUACAAUCUUCUGCAACUCUGCAACCAUUUCUUACACCUAAUAAAUAAAAUAAAAUCAGGAUUUGCUUUCAUAUGUCUACAAAUUUCGCAACUAUUUUUUCAAGGGGAUGUAGGUUUUCAGUUAGUUAGAAUGCCACCUUUUCUUUGGUCAAUCAAAACGCAACCCUGCUAUUUCUUUUUUUAACGCUACAAUUGUAUUUCAUUGUAGAAAAAUUUGUUCAAUAAGGAGUGAUUUAUCAUAAAUAUAUAACCUUGGGACAUAAUGAAAACAUUUCUUGGCUUACAUACAAGUUACUGAGCUG